CCUCGUUGACUUCGGAGUUCAUAAAGGACUGGCAAAGGUUGCAAUAUUCCCGGGUCCGUUGCCACUAUGAACGGAAUUUCAUGUGCAUUGCGUUGAUGAUUGGGACUGGCUAUGUCAUCUGCUUCAUUGACUGGAACAAGGACUUCAUAACUUCACUGCGAUAAAGAAACGGAACUUUGGCUCACUGAGAUUAUCAACUGAUACUUGAUUGACUCAACGGCAACACCACGAAAUAUUGUCCCGACUUAGUGUCCGAGAUCUACCAGGAAGAUCACACGCGCCAACCAGUGGCUUUUCAGUGUACAUUUACCAAAAAUUGAAUUGAAUCGGGUUUUACCAGACGAGUGAAACUGCUGCCUUAUAAGAUGAAAGAACCCGCCACCGCGGGGGCACUUGCCUCAAAGAUCGAGGCACUGGUCCUCCUUGUUGCAUUGAGCACGCUAUCCAUUCUGCUUCCCCUAAUCAUGGCCACCGUGGUCAGGAAUUCCGGCAGCAAGGACGCCAAGACGAGAGAAGCCAAGGCAAAGAAGCUCGUACGGGCGCUCAAUUUUAUAGCCGGCGGUGUUUUCUUGGGGACGAUCUUGCUGCACCUUCUUCCAGACGUCCACGAUCAGCUGACAGAGGCCAUGCUUGCCUUCGGAUAUAGAACCGCGUAUCCGUUCCCCGAGUUCACCGUCGCAGUGGGUCUGCUUCUGUUCCUUCUAUUUGAACAGUUCAUUCUGUGGGUGAAGUUCAGGUCCGACGAGAAGUUCCAAGAGAAAGCGCUUGCGGAGGGGACUGCGUUACGCGAUCAAGGCGGUGACCACAGAUUUUAUGAUUCGUUUGGCAGCAUCGAAGAGUCAUUGGGCAGAAGUGAAAACUUGAAGGAGGCCGACGCAGAUGUAACUCCAGUGAAGCGGACAAGCGUUGAUAAGGGCGUCAAUGCCGCGGUUGUCGGGUAUGGACUUCCUGAUGAGGGCUGUCAACACUCUUGCGAGAGUCGAGAUUGGAGAACGGGAUCAUUGGACAGGAUCAUCCCACAGGAGGUCACCCUGGACGAAAGUAAACAGACAUCCAACAUCAUCCGUUCCUAUUCUCUUCUGACUGCCUUAUCUUUUCAUUCUGUAUUUGAAGGAAUGGUGGUCGGAUUCCAGCGAAAUACAACAUCGGUUUGGGAAAUAUUUUUCGCCAUAAUGCUGCACAAAAGUCUGGUGGCAUUUGGUUUGGGGUCAAGGUUACUCGAAACCAAAGACAAGAUCUCCAACAAGCACUACGCCGGGUUGAUUUUGGUGUUUACCUUGACAACUCCGCUAGGUGGCACCAUAGGAACAGUCAUGUCGUCUGCUCAAAACUCCAACGGCAUUGAUCUUGCAGAAGCCAUUUUGAUUGGCAUAGCAACUGGAAGUUUUGUUUUCGUCACAUUUUUUGAGAUUCUCCGAUUCGACUGUGGAGCAAGGACCAAUAUGCAAAUGUGUCUUUGCAUGCUGUUAGGAUUUUCUUUGAUUGCUAUCGAGAUGUAUUUACAUAAACAUCAUCACGCGGAAGACUCUGGAGAUUCUGGUGACCCAAUUUCUUUAAAGGAACCUUAACAAUUUCCACGAACAGCAUCAGCGCGUAUCUCUUUUGGUUAGAACAAUAUUGAUGUACACUUCCCUUGAAUCGGCAUAAAAACAACUUAUUUGUAAUGAUAAUACCACUAAACACUCACUGAUACCGAUACAUGUGCUUUGUGCGAAUCACCAAUCUCUGUUUUCCUGAGGAACUGGUAUAUGUGUCCGAUCUAUGAAUGCAUCAACAAACUCUCUUUCCCCCAGAAACUAGUAUAUAUGUCUUAUCAACGCAUCAACAAACACUAUUUUCCUUAGAAACGGACAUUUCAUUGAAAAAAACCCUGUGCGUGUUUUCGUCUUUCGAAACUAACAAUAAGAGUUUCUUGGAUAUGUAUUAACAUUUGACUGUCCUUCCUACAACGUGUCAUCUUUGCAAUUCUAUCAUAAGUAUAACUAACAUGUAACUUACUUAAAUUCCACUUGUUUGUAAAGGUCGAUGACCGAUGGGGCUAUAAUAAUUUACUAAUGAAAAUCAA